CUCACAAUGGGUAUGGUACUGACACCUCCAAACUUGGGUUAGCCCACCAAACCCCCCCUCACACUGGGGUGGCUAACACUUCAAAAGUGGGAUUGGGAAGGGAUACCACCAGGGAUGUCACCAGAGAGCCUCAGGCAGGAUGGUAUUCAAGUCAUAGCUGAAAGAAGAAAUCCACAAUGGACCCUUGAGUCCAUUCUUCGAGGCAACUCAGGCAGCCCUUGGAUCAGGGCAGCUCCUGAAUCAGCUACAGUGUCAUGGCCAACCCGGGAUCAGAGUGGCUCAGGAAUCUAAUACUUAAACUGCUUACCUAACUGGAUGUGAGGAAGAUCAAAAGAGAUAAGUGAGGAAUGGGGAGAAGCAGAUCUUCAUCUGAACUCUUCAGACAGUGCCAGCUUCUUCCCCAGGAGCCCACCAUGGUGUUGAGUAACAACUAGAGGAGCCUUUUCUUCCAGAGAUACUCCGGAAGUGAUCCUGAGCUCGAGUUGAGACAGAGCUGGCCAUAGUGCCGAGAAUUGAGAGGUGAUUCUCCAACUCCAGCCAGAACAGAGCCUGUUUUACCAUGUGGGCAACUUGCUGUAACUGGUUCUGUCAGGAUGGACAUUCUGAGGAAACUCAGCAGGCCCAGGGAGCCAGAACACAAGCCUAUUCCAACCCUGGGUACAGCUCCUUCCCUUCUCCUACCAGCUCUGAACCUAGCUGCAAGAACUGUGGGACUCACUUUGGAAGCACAACUAGGAAACACACGUGCUUGGAUUGUAAGAAGGAUUUCUGCAUUUCCUGUUCGAGCCAAGUAGGGAAUGGUGCCCGCCUCUGCUAUCUCUGCCAGCGUUUCCGCGCCACAGCCUUUCAUCGAGAAGAGCUGAUGAAAAUGAAGGUGAAGGACCUGAGGGACUAUCUCAGUCUCCAUGACAUCUCCUCUGAAAUGUGCAGGGAGAAGGAGGAGCUGGUGUUCUUGGUGCUUGGUCAGCAGCCGGUGAUCACACAGGAAGACAGGACUUGUAAUACCCCUUUCCCCUCAGGCCUUCCUGAGCAUCAGGCCUUCCUGGCCCAGCCUCAUACCAGCACAGCACCUCCUACCUCUCCCAACCUCCCUCCGUCACCGGCACAGCCCACGUGCACUCCCUCAGCCCAGGCUCAGGAAAACCAGCAGGCUAAUGGCCAUGUGCCCCAGGACCAAGAAGAAGUGACAUGUGUGGAGAAUGUAGCAAGUGCUCCUGUGGAGGAUGAAACACAGUCCAUCGAUUCCGAGGACAACUUGGUGCCGGGGCGGAGGGCCUCCCUGUCUGACCUGGUGAAUGUGGAGGACAUUGAGGCCCUCACUGUGCGGCAGCUCAAGGAGAUCUUGGCCCGGAACUUUGUGAACUACAAAGGCUGCUGCGAGAAGUGGGAGCUGAUGGAGCGGGUGACCCGGCUGUACAGGGAGCAGAAGGACCUCCAGCAUUUGGUAUCUGGCACUGCAGAUCAAAAUGGGGAGCCGGCGCCAUCUAGUGCAGAGGAAAAUCUAUGUAAGAUCUGCAUGGACUCCCCUAUCGACUGUGUCCUGUUGGAGUGUGGCCACAUGGUCACCUGCACCAAGUGUGGGAAACGGAUGAACGAGUGCCCCAUCUGCCGCCAGUAUGUGAUCCGGGCUGUGCACGUCUUCAGAUCCUGAUGGCUGCGACCGUGCCCCUCCGUGCCUUCUGGGGCAGAGCAGUUCAUUUGUGGUUUGACUGAGAAAUUUGCAAAGUAUCAUCCUAAGGUCGUGGCCAGCAAGGACAGGAAGAAACCCUGGGAGCUUCCUGUUUGUCUGGUCAUUUGUGCCCUUUUCACCACAUUUUCAAUCUCAGUGUUGGGAUCUGAUAGGGCUCCCUAGCCAAUGGGGAUUUAUUAGCCCUGCUUGGGGCAGAAAUCAAAUGGGCUCAGUCCCUGUUUCAUACGAUCAAUUGGUGACAAUAAAUUUGUGAUGAACACAAACUUCCCAGCACUCAGACCAUGUUGGAGUACUUUUUCCUCCCUUCAGUACAAAUAGUUUUUAAGGAUUUUUUUCUGCAGAAUUAUCCCACGCUAUCGUAAUUCAUCCUUCUGUGGAGACAACUCAGUGCUGGCUUUUUAAUCAUUCAGAAAUGUUGGGUUUUUUCCUAUUAUACACAUGGCUGUGUUUUUUUGGUUUAAUUCAGUCACUGCUAAUUUCUCUCCUCAUGUCUUCCUUUGGAUUUUUCAGUUCAGAAGCAUUAAUGUCCUCAAGAGUGAGUAACUGGCUAUAAAUGCUGUCACUAAAACCAAAAGGACGGUGUGCUUAUAUUAGACAUAAGCCAUGAUGUCUUUUCCUGUCCCAUCUGUCAUGUUGUGAGGAGGCAGAGGAAGCUCUGGGACCAUGGGAUCCAACUUUCCCCAUGGAUUUUGACUGACUCCUGUUUUGUUUUGUGCUGUUUAGUGCCUUAGACUGACAAGAAAACAAAAUUUUUAUGCCAGUGAGUCUUUUGCUCAAUGAAGAUGAAUCUUUGAAAUGUUAAGAAGCCUCAACAUAAGUGUUGAUUACUUGAGUGCAUGAUGGGAAGGUAUUUGUGUCUAUAAAGACUUGCAGUGACUUCUUGAGGCUGCCUGAUUAAGCAGCAUCACUCCCAAGAUGGACUUCUCAUUGUGAGGACUUUUUUUUACCUACCUUGGAAGCCAAAAAAAGUUUGGCUUGCACAUGAAAGAUGAAAUUCUAAGGCCCAGAGAGAGGGGAAACUUGAAAGGCGGACUUAAAGUUGCCGUGCAAGAUGUGGGUGGUUUACCUCUGUCCAUCCCCUUGAGUGAAAGGAAUGCCUCCUGCCGUUCUCUGAGCUUAGUCUGCUUGGUUCUCUUGUUUUCUGGUGCCUUGAAUAGUCUCUGGGGACUCAGGUACAGGUUCUUUCUCAGCUGUCCUCCAUCGGAGUAUACUCAGUGGGACAGUUAGCACAAGAUCUUGGACAUGGCUUCUUUUCAGUGUGGACAGAUGACAAGAAAGCCUUAAAACUCCCAGGUGUCUUGGGGGGAAACUCCUGAUUCCUAGUUCUUUUCUUCUGUUGUUUCUGUUCAGCAUUGGCAGAAAGGAGGACUGCUCUUCCUUGGCGGUUCAUUUUCAAAUCUGUCCAGUGGCUGAUGGAGGAACAGCAACGCAGUGAGCAGGCUCAGCGUUGGCAGAGAGAGCCAUUCUAGGAACUGUAUUCUUCGGGGCUGGGCUAUUUGUAGAAAGCUACCACAGCAAAGCACAAAGCAAACCAGGUGCCUAGUUACUUAGCAACUAUGCAAAACUUAGCCACAACCAAUCUUGGCCAUCCUUAGCAGACCCCCACUGUGUGCAGCCUUGCUUGAUCCCUUUAAUCAUAAAGGGUGAAAACUACUAUUUUGGAAGAUGAGGUGAAAUUGCUCUCUCCUAAGGAGAAUUGGUAAUAAUAGUACAGAUUUUGUAAUGAUUUCCUUUCCUCUAACUUCCUUUGGAAAGAAGAGACAAUUUCAGGAACUGUUGGCUUAAGUACUCAUUUGUUUAUUUGGACGUUAGAUCAGGUCUUGGGGAUCCCAUUCAAGAAGCUUCAUCCUUUUUGUCUUUCACUGCUUAUAGCCUGUAGCAUUUCUGAAAAGGGCUGUUCAGUUGUCAAGUGAUUCCACUGUGAAAUCAGUAUGUAUGCAAAUCAAUCAUCAUUUAGAAAUAAGCUCAGAGCAGGAACAGGUCCUCUACCCGUUUAUUAUGCUUUCUUUCUCUUCUGAGAUUGGGAACAGUGUUCUAGCUUUGGGGUUUAGGAGGUUUUCCACAUGUUGAAAGUGGCCCUACCACUGGAUGAACUGAGGAUGGGGGCAGGCCUGCAUAACCAGUUCCCCACUUGGUCAUGAAGCAGAGCCCUACCAAUUUUCAGUCUUGAUUCCUACCAGACAGGUAAAAGUGAAAUAAGUUUGUUUCUCCGGGGGUAGAUUCCCGAUUUGCAGGUUUAUUAGAAGACCGUGAUAACUUUAGCUCUAUUUUCUUGGUGGGUGAUUUUCCAUCCAGGGAAAUCCUAAUCUUGUGCUAAUUUUCUAUUUUUACAGAAUGGGGGGGGGGGGUGUGAGUCUAUGACCAUGUAUGUCACCUUAGUGAGAAAUUUGAUUUUACUCCUGAAUUACCUCCUGCUUCCCUCCCCAUAUCUUGGAGUACUUAACUUUCACUGCAAUG